AUGGCUUCAGCUUCGCUUAAGCUUUCUAUUGCGGUGACAUGCGCAUUACUCUUGUCGUCGGCGUGCCAUGGCCUGGAGGUGGGAUACUACAAGAAGUCGUGCCCCCGCGUGGAGGCCAUCGUGAGGGACGAGGUAAAGAAGUUCGUCUACAAGAACGCCGGCAUCGGCGCCGGGCUGAUCCGCAUGUUCUUCCACGACUGCUUCGUCGAGGGAUGUGAUGCAUCCGUCCUCCUAGACCCAACACCAGCCAACCCGCAGCCGGAGAAGCUGAGCCCUCCCAACUUCCCCAGCCUCCGCGGGUUCGAGGCCAUUGACGCGGCCAAGGAGGCCGUGGAAAAGGCCUGCCCGGGCGUGGUAUCCUGCGCUGACAUCGUUGCCUUCGCCAGCCGUGACGCAGCCUACUUCCUCAGCAGGAUGACGGUGAAGAUCAACAUGCCGGCAGGCCGUCUGGAUGGGCGCAUUUCCAACUCCACCGAGGCCCUCUCCAAUCUGCCGCCUCCAUUCUUCAACAUCACUCAGCUUAUCGCCAGCUUCGCUGCUAAAGGGCUCGACACAGAGGACAUGGUGAUUCUUUCCGGCGCCCACACCAUUGGGAUCUCACAUUGUUCAUCCUUCGUCUCGGACCGCCUCGCUGUCCCCUCCGACAUCAACGCCGCCCUCGCUGGCAUCCUGAGGAGGCAAUGCCCUGCCAACCCUACACCGGCCAAUGACCCCACAGUGCACCAGGACGUGGUAACUCCCAACGCGCUCGACAACCAGUUCUACAAGAAUGUCCUCGCACACAAGGUUUUGUUCACAUCGGACGCCGCCCUUCUUACCACACCCGCGACCACCCAGAUGGUGCUUGACAAUGCCAACAUCCGCGGACUGUGGGAGGACAAGUUCAAGAAGGUGAUGGUCAAGAUGGGUGCUAUCGGAGUCAAGAACGGAUUUCAAGGUGAAAUUAGGAGGAACUGCAGGGUCAUCAACCGCCACUAA